GCAACAGAAGUAGCAUCGCCACCACUACCAUCAUCAUCAUCAUCAUUAUUAUUAUUGGCAAUUGGAAUAGUAGCAGCAUCAAUAGCACGUGCCUGUAUGAACUUGUGGCACGAGUAGAAAAUUUUUUAAAGAGUCAUACGAGACAACCCCCAUCGUCUAUUUAAGCUUCGGUGGGUCAAUCGGCCAGCGGCCGUCAUCCUGGGAGCUUUACCUCGGGUCGUGGUGCGAGCCCCUGAUCACCAUGGCGGAGAUAGUCACCGAACUGAAUAGCCUGCCGUCGACGACGAUGACAACGACGGCCACGAUUCCCGACAACGACGGCGCCGAGAGCGUACAAUUCUUCGAGGGUGUGGAAAAGCUCCUCGAGAUCUGGUUCACGAGCAGCGAUGGCAAGGACAGGCAACGAGACCUCAGGCAGAUACCCCGGCAAAAGUGGGAGUCCCUUUUGAAGAUCGUGCGCUGUGAAAUUAUUAGUUUUUGCCGAAACGACGUGAUUGACGCCUACGUUCUCAGCGAGAGCAGUAUGUUUGUGUCAAAGCGCAGACUCAUCUUGAAGACUUGCGGCACAACAACGCCAUUGCAGUGCCUGGAGACCCUCUUAGAUCUUGUUGAAAGUUACACCGGUUUUGACAAAGUCGAGGAUUUGUUCUAUUCGCGCAAGAAUUAUAAACGACCGGAAUUACAAAUAUCGCCGCAUCAAGCCUUUGAGGAAGAAGUUGCCUUAUUGGACACUUUCUUUCCUGAUGGCGAGGCCUACUGCUUGGGCUCGGAGGACAACGACUGUUGGUACCUCUACACCCUGAACCGGGAUAAGCGCUACCAGCCGCAGAACGGCGAGCGCGAGCCUGACCAGACUCUCGAGAUCCUAAUGACCCAUCUCGACCCGGAGGUCAUGGCCAUCUUUACCCGUGACAUCUGUUCGUCGGCGGCCGAGGCCACCCAAAAAUCCGGCAUCGACAGGCUCAUACCUAAUAUGCUGAUUGACGACUUCCUCUUCGAACCCUGCGGCUACUCCAUGAACGGUGUCUCCAAAAGCGGCAGCUACAUGACGAUCCACAUAACACCGGAGCCGGACUUCUCCUACGUGUCAUUCGAGAGCAACAUUCCGGAGGCCUCGUACGAGGAAGUGAUAGAGCGCGUUCUCAAGACCUUCAAGCCCGGCAAGUUCGUCGUGAGCAUCUUCGCGAACAAGGAGUCCGUGGCGGCGGACACGCCCCGUGAGCUCGAGCAGUCCGACUGCCUCGGGCUCGAGGCCGACUUUGUGCGUAGCGACGUCCAGUAUUGCCGCUUCAAAAAUUACGACCUCAUCUGCGCCUUCUACUCCAAGUUUCCGAGCUGAGGGUUCGUGGGCGCCUCGUCGCUGGCCGCCUGCAGCAGCGCAGGCCCCGACGGGGCGACCGCCGCGGCCCUACCCUCCUCCUCCUCCUCUGCCUCUCCUUCAUCAUCAUCAUCAUCAUCAUCAUCAUCAUC